AUGCAAUCUCACAAGAACACGCUUCGCCUCAACCCACCCACAAGAACUGCUGUCACGCUGAACAGCCAACCGAGACAUUACCAAACCCUAGGCCUGGGGUAUCAAUCCAACAACACAUGGAGCCUUCACCCAAUUCACCCGCAAGAACUGUGCCCACACACCCCACUUUCUUCGUCACCUUUCUGGGCUUACAGCAGCAAACCGCGCGCCCCCUGCACUGGGGGUUGCGUGUCUCUUCUAUGCACUAUUUCUUCACUAUGCUUUACAUUUCUCCACAUCAUUUGUUACUAUUUUCCAGUGCAGGGGACGCACGUCCUUAUGUGUUAUUUCUUCACUCCGCUUUACUCUCCAUACCACCUGAUACUCGAUGUCUCAUC